GUCUUCUUAUGCUGACUCACUUCCUGGGUGGCGGCCACGAGAUCAGAGGAGCCAGUUUAUAGAUCUGAGUAGGGCCAGCUGAUCCUGUCAAGUGCAGGGUCUGCAAAAUAUCUCAAGCACUGGUCUGAUAUAUAUAUUUUCAUGCACGUCCAUGUGAAGAGACCACCAAACAGGCUUUGUCUUCCAACCUCAAUGAUGCAAACGACUUGCACGUGACCUGCUCAAAGCUAAGGACAACACAAACCUAGAAAGACGGCAGUAGACAUGAAGGCCUAGCUGCUCUACUUCAUUAAUAAGAAAGAUUUCUCUUCACUUUUUCCUUCAUGGCUAAUCAGGUCUUCUUAGAAAUUUCCUGAAAAAGGCAACUGUCUAAUCUUAUCUGGUGGAUGCUUCUCUGAGGGACUUGAUUUCCUGGGAAUACGACCAGCCCCCAGCGACCCCUUGUCCCCACUCCAGCUGUCCCUUGGCCUGGGUCCCAGGGAAGGAAGCCAUGCUGGAGCACCAGGACUAUGAGACUGCCAUGCUGUCGGACACCAAAGCCCUCAUUCGCAAGCACUAGGCCUUCGAGAGUGACCUGGCUGCACACCAGGACCGCCUGGAGCAGAUCGCAGCCAUUGCCCAGGAGCUCAACGAGCUGGAUUACUACGACCUCCACAAUGUCAACACCCGGUGCCAGAAGAUCUGGGACCAGUGGGACGCCCUUGGCUCUCUGACCAACAGUCGCAGGGAAGCCCUGGAGAAAACAGAGAAGCAGCUGGAGGCCAUCGACCAGCUAGCUGCACCUGGAGUAUGCCAAGUGCGUGGCCCCCUUCAACAACUGGAUGGAGAGCGCCAUGGAGGACCUCCAGGACAUGUUCAUCGUCCACACCAUCAAGGAGAUUGAGGGCCUGAUCUCAGCCCACGACCAGUUCAAGUCCACCCUGCCGGACGCCCACAGGGAGCACGAGGCCAUCCUGGCCAUCCACAAGGAGGCCCAGAGGAUCGCUGAGCGCAACCACAUCAAGCUGUCGGGCAGCAACCCCUACACCACCGUCACCCCACAGAUCAUCAACUCCAAGUGGGAGAAGUUGCGGCAGCUGGUGCCAAAACGGGACCACGCCCUCCUGGAGGAGCAGAGCAAGCAGCAGUCCAACGAGCACCUGCGCCGCCAGUUUGCCAGCCGGGCCAACGUCGUGGGGCCCUGGAUCCAGACCAAGAUGGAGGAGAUUGGGCCCAUCUCCACUGAGAUGAACAGGACCCUGGAGGACCAGCUGAGCCACCUGAAGCAGUGUGAACGCAGCAUCGUGGACUAUAAGCCCAACCUGGACCUGCUGGAUCAGCAGCACCAGCUCAUCCAGGAGGCCCUCAUCUUCAACAACAAGCACACCAUGGAGCACAUCUGCGUGGGCGGGGAGCAGCUGCUCACCACCAUUGCCCCAACCGUCAACGAGGAAGAGAACCAUAUCCUUACCUGCGACGCCAAGGGCAUCAGCCAGGAGCAGACGCAGGAGUUCUGGGCGUCCUUCAACCACUUCGACAAGGAUCAUGGUGGGGCGCUGGGGCCUGAGGGUUUCAAGGCCUGCCUCAUCAGCUUGGGCUAUUACGUGGAGAAUGACCGGCAGGGUGAGGCCGAGUUCAACUGCAUCAUGAGGCUGGUCGACCCCGACCGCAGCGGCCUUGUGACCUUCCAAGCCUUCGUUGACUUCAUGUCGUGGGAGACCACCGACACGGACACGGCCGACCAGGUCAUCGCCUCCUUCAAGGUCCUGGCAGGGGACAAGAACUUCAUCAUAGCUGAGGAGCUGCAGAGAGAGCUGCCCCCCAACCAGGCCGAGUACUGUAUCGCCUGCAUGGUGCCCUACCAGGGCCCUGAGGCCGUGCCGGGCGCCCUCGACUACAAGUCCUCCUCCACGGCCCUGUAUGGCGAGAGCAACCUGUGAGGCCCCAGAGAGACCCGGACCCAACACCCCCUACGGCCUCCAGGAGGGGCCGGGGCAGCCCCACAGUCCCGUUCCUCCACUCCGUAUCUAUGCAAAGCACUCUCUGCAGUUCUCCGGGGUGGCUGGGUGGGCAGGGAGGGGCUGGGGCAGGCUCUCUCCUCUCUCUUUUUUGUGGGUUGGCCAGGAGGUUCCCCCGACCAGGUUGGGGCUGGGGAGACUUGGGGCCAGCGCUUCUGGUCUGGUAAAUAUGUAUGAUGUGUUGUGCUUUUUUAACCAUACUGGAGGGGCCAGUGGAUUCCCACAGCACAACCGGUCCCUUCCAUGCCCUGGGGAUGCCUCAGCACACCCAGGUCUCUUCCUUUGCCCCGAGGUCCCUUCAAGGCCUCCACCAUCCAGGCCAAAGCCACAUGUGCCUUGUCCAGGAACCGCCUGGGCCAUGCGAUGGGCCAGCAGAGGGCGCCACCGCCACCCGACGGCUGAGGACCCACCCAGCCCCUCUCCCCUCCCUGCUCCAGGCUCACUUGUCAUUGCCAGAAGAUGGGGGCCCCAACCAGCACUCGGCUUUCGCAGCAAAGGAGUUGAGUUGGCAGACAGGGCCCCCCUGAAGCCCACCCCAUCCCACCAGCCCCGGCCUUGCUUUGUCUGGUCUCACGUGUCGCAGAUUUUCUAAGAACCCUCUCCCCCCCAAAAAGGAAAAAAAAACACAAAACAACAAAAGCCAAAACAAAAAUCACAAAAAACACAAAAAAACUAUAAAAAAGAAUUAAAAACAUUCAGAGAAUUACUAAAAAAACAUAAUAAAAUAAAAUAAAUAAAUAAAGUUGUUUCUUACGUCAAA